AUGAAUUCUCCUGAUCUUUGGAGCCCCCCAGAAGUACAAUAUUGUUUUGCUUUGGUUAACACUUCGUGCCCUAGAAACGUGAGAUCAGUGCUGAGUGUGUGUGCCAUGUACACCAUCAUGGUGGGGGCCAUAGUGAUGACCAUGCUGGGCAACAUGGUCGUGAUCAUUUCCAUCGCCCACUUUAAACAGCUCCACUCCCCCACCAACUACCUCAUCCUUUCCAUGGCCACCACCGACUUUCUAUUGAGCUGUGUAGUCAUGCCCUUCAGUAUGAUCAGGUCCAUCGAGUCCUGCUGGUACUUUGGAGACCUCUUCUGCAAAAUCCACAGCUGCUGUGACAUCAUGCUCUGCACCACCUCCAUCUUCCACCUCUGCUUCAUCUCAGUGGACCGCUACUACGCCGUGUGUGACCCUUUGCAUUAUGUCACCAAGAUCACCAUCCCCACCAUAGAGGUCUUCCUGUUCAUCAGUUGGUCUGUACCCAUCAUUUUUGCCUUUGGCCUGGUAUUCUCAGAAUUAAACUUAAUUGGUGCAGAAGAUUUUGUGGCAGCUAUUGACUGCACAGGUUUGUGUGUGUUGAUAUUCAACAAGCUCUGGGGGGUGCUGGCUUCCCUGAUAGCCUUCUUUCUCCCCGGGACUGUAAUGGUGGGGAUUUACAUACACAUUUUCACAGUGGCCAGGAAGCAUGCAAAGCAAAUCAGCACAGGUUCUAAGGUCAAACAAGUUGGGUCAGAAAGCAAAAUGAAGGCUUCCUCCAAAAAAGAAAGCAAAGCCACCAAGACUUUAAGUAUAGUCAUGGGGGUGUUUGUGAUAUGCUGGUUGCCCUUUUUUGUCUUGACCAUCACAGACCCUUUCAUCAAUUUUACAACUCCUGAAGAUUUGUACAAUACCUUCCUUUGGCUGGGUUACUUCAACUCCACUUUUAAUCCCAUUAUAUAUGGCAUGUUUUAUCCUUGGUUCCGCAAGGCAUUGAGAUUGAUUGUCACAGGGAUGAUCUUUCGCCCUGACUCUUCCACACUAAGCUUGCUUCCUACACAUGCUUAG